GCGCAGAUAUUCAUUUUUCGAUCGGUACCACAGCAAUAUGAAACGAUUAAUUUUUAUUAUCAUCUCAGCCAUCGUAACCCUCGGACACUCGUACCGUCCGCCUAUUAUCGAAGGAACCGAAGCGAACCCGCACGAGUUCCCGUACCAGGUGUCAUUACAAUGGAACUUUAACAAUGGAUCACGUUCAAUGCACCUUUGCUCGGGAUCGAUCAUCAACCGGGAAUGGAUUCUAACGGCAGCGCAUUGUGGCGAGGAAGCUUCAACAGACGGUUGGUUCGAAAUCGUUGCCGGCGUGAACAACAUUGUCGAUGAAGAAGCUGGCGCACAGCGACGAAAUGUAACCAAUUUCCACCCGGAUUACGAUUUAAACACUAUUAAAAACGACAUCGCAGUGAUGUACCUAUCGGAACCAUUAGACCUGAACCGGAACAUUAAAACAAUGAAAUUAGCAACGGGUCGCACAUUGAUCCUUCAGCAACAUGCCAAGUUUGCCGGUUGGGGAUCGAUCUCUAAAACAAUGGAAAACAUUUUUCCCGACGAGCUGAUGAAAGUAACGCUGCCAUUGCGUACGCUGGAAGAGUGUAAAGGGAUGGGAAAUGUCGACAAGAAGCAGAUUUGCGCCGGAGGAUAUCGGAACGUAACCGGCUGUACAGCGGACUCAGGCGGACCACUAACGAUAAACAUUGACGACGAGCAGGUACAAAUUGGAGUGCUUUCUUUCGGUGAAAAACCGUGCCUGGCACGGGAACCGAUCGUGUUUACGAGCGUUUUGUACUUCUACGAUUGGAUUCAAAAAGCGAUCAAAGAUGAAUGAACUGUUCCCCAGAUGAUUAGCUACGAAUAAAAUACUUCUAAACGAACAUA